GUGGCUCGUCAUCCAUUCCCUCUUCCCUGCGCUCUCCUCCUGUAUCAUAACAGAUGGUGGUGGGGUCUAUUAAUCUGCUGUGUUCAGCUACAAUAUCUAGCAGCGUUGUGUCCGGCCGAACUGGUGUUCCACUAUGUGUAUGGUUUCACCUAAAUACGUGAGGCUGUGAGUACCGUCGUGCGGUACCUUCACGGCCACCGAGGAACCUUCCCGCGUCUAUUUUGGCUCUCCAUCAACUGGGGGAAGAUGGCCGCUAUGAAAAUUUUAACAAGUACAGGUCUCUUCUUUGCUUUUUGUGCACUAGGAUUGCUUGCGAUGGCAAUCUGCACCGACUACUGGUACGAGACGGAUGCAAGAAGACACCGGGAGAGAUGUAAAAACUAUGCCAAUAAGCGCAAUGACCCUGGGUAUAUCUACAUCUCGAAUCACAACCUUCCUCUCCAGAUGCCUCCGAAGAGCAUUGAGAGGAAAGGUAAUGGCCCAGAUACUGGCGCUAUCAUCAGGAACAAACGACACUUUGUGGCUGCUGCAUCGGCCAUGGAGUCCCAUUGCAGUCGUCAGUUUAACUCGACCAUCUCCGGCCUGUGGAGGAAGUGCCACCGAGAGGGAUUCGACCUGGAGACAGAGGACCUUAUUUACAAAGGAAUAAUUCAGAGAUGCAUCCCAGUCAAGUACCACUACACUUCCUCAGUCCUCCCACGGAACCUACCCAUCAACAUCACAAAGACCAUCCGUCAGGACGAGUGGCACGCUCUCCACCUCCGGAGGAUGACUGCAGGCUUCGUGGGCAUGGCGGUCUCCAUCAUCCUCUUUGGCUGGGUGGUUGGGCUGCUCGGCUGCUGCCAGCAACAUGACCUCAUGCAGUAUGUAGCGGGGCUGCUCUUCCUCAUGGGAGCUAGCCUCUCUCCUCCUAUUUCCUCAGGUACGUGUUGCAUCAUCUCCCUGUGCACUUGCGUAGCAGGGAUCAACUUUGAGCUGUCCCGCUACCCGCGCUACAUGUACGGCCUGCCAGAGGACAUAAGCCACGGCUACGGCUGGUCCAUGUUCUGUGCAUGGGGCGGCCUGGGCCUCACCCUGCUGGCAGGCUUCCUCUGCACCCUGGCACCCUCUCUGAGCACGCCCACUCGCACCACCACCCACAAGCCCAGGCAAGAGAAUGGAGCCGUGUGAU